UUUAAAACAUCACUCAAAGCGAGCGGCCUACUGGUCCCCUCGAUAGUUGCUCUCCCGGCAUCAGAUCUCAGGGACGGAAAUGGCUGAUGAACAGCCUCCAACGACUUCCAGGCGAAGGGGAAGAGGAGCCGAGGCAUCGGCGCGUUCCGAAGCAUUGGAGCGCCUAAAAGCUCGACUCCGUGGCGGUCGUCGUUCAGACGCCGAAGGAUAUCAAAUUAAGUUGGAUAACCCUAUUUACGAUACUGUGGCCGAGGACGAGUACAAUGCUUUGGUCGCCAAGCGCCGCGAAGAAGCCCGAGGUUUCAUUGUCGACGAUGACGGUCUUGGGUACGGGGACGAGGGGGAGGAGGAGGAUUGGUCAAAAGCUGGGUUCAAUCUGUCCUCCGAUGAAUCCGAUGGCGAUACAGAAAAGCCCAAAAGGAAGAGACAAGAAAAGAAAGAUCCGCAACCUAAAAAGCCAUCGUCUUCACUCUCGGCUGCGGCAGCGAUGAUAGGGGCGCAGAGGUUGUCAUCGAUGUUCACUUCGUCGGUUUUUAAGAAAAGCAGGGAUGAUAAGGCUAAGGGGUUUUCUUCUGAUAGCAUUGUUGAUGAUGUUAUUGCGGAGUUUGCACCGGAUGAGACUGACAGACUAAGACGUAGACGCGGGCCAGCAAAUCCUUCUUCAGGUGCGAACAAUGCUCAGCCGAUUAAUAAUGUUAAGAUCGAGGAAUCAUCGAUUGGAUGUCCUGAUCCAACAGGAGGUCCUUUGUCGUCGGAUUCUGUCGCAAAUGGCAAUUAUGAAUCCGCCAGAGUAGUGAAAAACGAUGGUUAUGGCUUGGGUUCCGAGCAGAACUACGGAAGAGUCAAAGUAGAGGAAACUGCUAAAGAAUCAGAAGAUGGAAGAACUGUUAAUUCCGACGAUGGUCUGGCAUCAAUCAUGCAAACCCCUAGCGGUCCAACAAACGGAGAUGUGACUGAAGAGAAAAUGUUAAAGGAUGUUGAGGUAGAAGCUAAACAAACAAUUGAGAAGGAGGUAUUUCCUCUGAAUGCGAAAGUGAAGGAAGAGGACCCUGCACUGAGUGCGACUGCUGGUUGGCAGGCAGCAAGGAGCGGGGGGGAUGUCAAUGCUGCUGAUUCAAAAGUGGCCGACGAAGCUUUAAAUAGUGAAGAAAACUCACAGUUCAAUCUGGAGGCUGAUGGGUCUCUGCCUUUCUACAUACUUGAUGCCCAUGAGGAAUUCUAUGGAGCUAACACGGGCACCCUGUAUUUGUUUGGGAAGGUCAAAUCAGGUAAUUCGUAUCAGAGUUGCUGUGUUGUUGUAAAGAACAUGCAGAGGUGUGUCUAUGCAAUUCCAAGCCAUCCUUUAAAUCACACUGAUGAGAUGAUGGAACUUGAGAAGGAUGUUGAAGAAUCUGGAAUUUCUCGUACAGACUUUCACAAAAAGCUGCAAGAUAUGGUGUCUGGUUUAAAGAAUGAGAUAGCAAAACAACUGUUAGAUCUGAACGCUUCAACCUUUAGCAUGAAACCUGUUAAGAGGAAGUAUGCAUUUGAAUGUUCUGAAAUACCUGCCGGUGAAAAUUAUGUGCUGAAAAUCAACUAUCCAUUCAAGGAUCCACCCCUUCCAGUAGAUCUGAAAGGAGAGAGUUUCUGUGCUCUUCUAGGAACUCAUUGCAGUGCAUUGGAGCUUUUUCUAAUUAAAAGAAAGAUAAAGGGGCCUUCAUGGCUACUGCUGUCAAACUUCACUUCCCAACUUGCUUCUCGAAGGGUUAGCUGGUGCAAAUUUGAAGUGAUUGUUGACUCUCCUAAAUACAUAAGGAUUUCAACUUCCUCCAAAUCUAGUUUUGAGAUUCCUCCUGUGGUUGUCACAGCUAUAAAUUUGAAAACCAUCAUAAAUGAAAAACAAAACUUAAACGAGAUUGUCUCUGCAUCCAUAGUAUGCUGCCAAAGGGUGAAGAUUGACACUCCCAUGUUGGCUCCAGAAUGGAAGAGACCUGGACUACUGACCCAUUUUACUGUUGUCCGUAAGCUUGAUGGAGGCAUAUUUCCACUGGGAUUCAAUACGGAAGUUACAGACCGAAACACAAAAGCUGGCUCAAAUGUUCUCUGCGUUGAGAGCAGUGAAAGGGCUUUGCUUAACCGUCUGAUGAUAGAAUUCCACAAGUUGGAUAGUGAUGUUCUUGUUGGACAUAACAUCUCUGGAUUUGACCUGGAUGUUCUUCUUCACAGAUGUCAGGCUUCUAAAGUGCCAAGCAGUAUGUGGUCCAAAAUAGGCCGCCUUAAACGCUCUGUGAUGCCUAAACUUACCAGAUUAAGCUCUGUUUUUGGUUCUGGAGCUACUCCUGGCAUCUUGUCUUGCAUUGCUGGUCGUCUUCUUUGUGAUACAUAUUUGUGUGCGCGUGAACUAUUAAAGGAGGUUAGUUACUCUUUAUCUCAGCUAUCAAAAACUCAGCUGAAUAAAGUUCGAAAGGAAGUUGCUCCUCAUGAUGUUCCGAAAAUGUUCCAAUUUGCAGAAUCCCUUAUGGAACUUAUUGAGUAUGGCGAGACAGAUGCAUGGUUGUCUAUGGAACUCAUGUUUCAUUUGAGUGUUCUACCCCUCACGCGUCAGCUGACUAAUAUUAGUGGUAAUUUGUGGGGAAAAACUCUUCAGGGUGCAAGGGCACAGAGAGUGGAGUAUCUUCUGUUGCAUGCUUUCCAUGCAAAGAAAUAUAUUGUGCCAGACAAGAUUCCUUCCCAUGCCAACGAAAGAAAAUUGACAAAACGCAGAGGAACUCAUGGUGUUGAGGAUGUUAGCUUUGAGGAAGUGGAUGUUGACAAUACACGCUAUGACAAUGAUGCUCCUGACAGUGAUCAUGGUAAAAGCAAGAAGACUCCUUCCUAUGCUGGAGGACUGGUUUUGGAGCCUAAAAGGGGUUUAUAUGACAAAUAUAUAUUGCUCUUGGAUUUCAAUAGUCUUUAUCCUUCUAUAAUUCAGGAAUACAAUAUCUGCUUCACGACUGUUGAAAGAUCUACAAAUGGAUCCUUUCCUCGUCUGCCAUCUAGUAAAACAACUGGAGUUUUGCCAGAGCUGCUGAAAAUUUUGGUUCAAAGGAGGAGAAUGGUAAAAUCGUGGAUGAAAACUGCUUCUGGUCUUAAAGUUCAGCAACUAGACAUUCAGCAACAAGCACUUAAGCUUACUGCAAACAGCAUGUAUGGAUGCCUUGGAUUUGCUAAUUCAAGAUUUUAUGCAAAACCACUGGCUGAGCUUAUAACCCUGCAAGGAAGGGAGAUAUUACAAAGUACUGUUGAUCUUGUUCAGAAUAACUUGAACUUAGAGGUGAUAUAUGGCGACACUGAUUCAAUAAUGAUUUACAGUGGACUAGAUGAUAUUGCAAAAGCAAAAGCAAUGGCUGGAAAAGUGAUUCAAGAGGUCAACAAGAAGUAUAGGUGCUUGGAAAUUGAUCUGGAUGGUUUGUACAAGAGAAUGCUGCUUCUUAAGAAAAAGAAGUAUGCAGCUGUCAAGGUGCAGUUCAAAGAUGGCACACCAUACGAGGUUAUUGAACGUAAAGGUCUGGACAUUGUUCGUCGUGACUGGAGCCUAUUAUCUAAAGAAAUAGGAGAUUUUUGCCUUGGUCAAAUUUUGUCAGGAGGGUCAUGUGAGGAUGUUGUCGAGUCAAUUCACAGCUCUCUUCGUAAGGUGCAAGAAGAGAUGAGGAGUGGGCAAGUGCCGUUAGAGAAAUAUAUCAUCACUAAGACAUUGACUAAACCUCCUGAAGCCUAUCCAGAUGCCAAAAAUCAACCGCAUGUUCUUGUGGCACAAAGAUUGAAGCAAAAGGGCUACUCCAGCGGUUGCUCUGUUGGUGAUGCAAUCCCCUACAUUAUUUGCUAUGAGCAGCAGGGCAGUAAUUCAACCAGUGGAACAAGUAUUGCUCAGCGUGCUAGACAUCCCGAGGAACUAAAACAAGAGCAAGGGAAAUGGAUGAUUGACAUUGAUUAUUACUUGUCACAACAGCUUCAUCCUGUUGUAUCACGUCUCUGUGCAUCAAUUCAGGGGACGAGUCCAGAAAGACUGGCUGAUUGUUUAGGGCUCGAUGCAUCAAAAUUUCAACACAAAUCCAGUGAAGCCUUCAAUGGUGAUCCUUCAAAUUCACUCUUGUUUGCUGCUGAAGACAAAGAGAGGUAUAAAGGAUGUGAGCCAUUGGUUUUGUCAUGUCCUAGCUGCUCUGGUACUUUUGACUGUCCUUCCAUCUUUAAAUCUAUUUGUGAAAGUGAAAAGCCAACAAGCUCAGGCAUGGAGGAGUCCAGCUACAAUUUCUGGCGUAAGCUGCGCUGUCCUAAAUGCCCAGAAGAAGAUGGUGUUGCCAGAAUUUCUCCUGCCAUGAUUGCCAAUCAGGUCAAAAGGCAGGCAGACAAGUUUAUUUCAAUGUACUACAGAGGCUUGUUAAUGUGUGACGAUGAAACUUGUAAGUAUGCAACACGAAGUAUCAACCUUCGGCUGGUUGGUGAUUCUGAAAGAGGAACUGUUUGUCCAAAUUAUCCUCGCUGCAAUGGACGUCUUCUAAGACAGUACACGGAGGCGGACUUGUACAAACAGCUUUCAUACUUUUGCCAUGUGUUGGAUACUGUUUCCUGUAUAGAAAAGAUGGAGGAUAAAUCUAGGAUACCGCUUGAGAAAGAGUUGUCGAAAAUUAGGCCAAUGAUUGAUCUGGCAGCAUCGACGAUACAGAAGAUUCGGGAUAGGUGUGCCUUUGGGUGGGUGCAGAUGCAGGACUUGGUCAUUGCUGUGUGAUUUACAAGUACAAUGCCAAUUUUGGCUGGGUUGAUAGUCCAUGCAAAAUGACGUUUCGCCUUUCCUUGUAAAAUCAACACUAGCUAGCUCUUCCAACAAAUCUUGAUAAGUUGAUAUCAUCAUCUUUCUUGUGCGUUGUCAUCGAGUUCGGUUGAAGAUAUGGGGAGUGCAAGCCGCUAUAGUACAACUUCUGGGCAUUUUUGUUUUGGCCAAAACAGGUUUAGUUAUAUGUAUAUAUUAGGAGUAGAAAAAUCUAUUUUUUUUAAUUAUUAAUUAUAUCUUUUUAUACAAAUUAUUUUGCUAACAUAAUAUCAGUAGUGGGAUUUAAAUUCAUGAUUUUGUA